CCAUAGAGAGCAUUCAGCACUUGAAACUCAAAAAGGGCUUCACUAGGUAGAUAUAUCAUCAUGGUGCAAUUAAGUGUUCAUGACUUAUCUUUCAUGUUUGGACUUCUUGGUAAUAUCGUGUCAUUCAUAGUGUUCUUAGCACCAGUGCCAACAUUUUACAAGAUAUAUAAAAGGAAUUCAUCAGAAGGGUUUCAAGCAAUACCAUAUUUAGUAGCACUAUUUAGUGCAGGACUAUUGCUAUAUUAUGCUUAUCUCAAGAAGAAUGCCUACCUUAUUGUCAGCAUUAAUGGCUUUGGAUGUGUCAUUGAAUUAGCUUCCAAGUCUCAGAUUUUCACGGGGUGGCUGAUGUUGUUGAUAGUGGGAGCCCUAGGAAUGGUAAUGUUAUUUUCUUAUGUAUUUGCAAAAUGCUCAGAAAGAGUGAUGAUAGUGGGAUGGAUUUGUGCUGUUAUCCACGUUGCGGUCUUUGCUGCUCCUUUAAGCAUCAUGAGGCAAGUAAUAAGAACAAAGAGUGUAGAGUUUAUGCCCUUCACUUUAUCAUUGUUCCUCACUCUCUGCGCUACAAUGUGGUUUUUCUAUGGGGUUUUCAAGGACUUCUACAUUGCUUUACCAAAUGUACUGGGGUUUCUAUUUGGAGUCGUUCAAAUGCUACUAUAUUUUGUUUACAAGGAUUCAGACAAAGAGGACAUUAAUGAAAUAUUGGAUCUCAAAAAAGUUGCAAAAUCAAAAGGUGUAGAAGUCAGUGUCAAGAUUGAAGGUGAUUCUAAGGCAUUGCACUCAAUGGAGAAGGCUUUUCCAGAAUCAAAAUAAGCAAGAAAAGGAAUAUCUAGCAAGAAUUUAGAAACUUAUAAUAUUUAGUACUUGUAGCAGGCGGUGUGACCUAGACUUUACACUAAUAAUCCUGAUUAUCCAAACUUAUAUAUGGAACGUAUUUACCUGUAUCUAA